AAAAAAAAAAAAAAAAAAAAAAAAUACCACCUUAUUUUUUUUUUUUUUUUUUUUGGUUACAACUUCAAUGGACUCUUAUUAUGAAAAUGCUGAUAACCUAAUUGGAGAAGAAUGCGAAGACCCUCAUUGUCACGGGUGUCAGAAACCUAUUGAAGAUGGCUCAGUUGUCCAGUUUGGUGAUGGUAUCUGGCACUUUGAGUGCUUCCGUUGUGCUAAAUGCCAAAAAUUAGUAGAAUGCUAUAGCAACUUGUUAUUGUUAAGAGAUGGAAGUCCCAUUUGUGAAGAUUGUUCUUACAGUUGCCACGCUUGUUUUAAAACCAUCAAGGAUGAGGCUAUCAUGACAGGUGAUGAAGCUUAUCAUGCGGAUUGUUUUCGUUGUGUCCAAUGUAGUAAAAAAAUUGACGAUCUUGUGUUCACACAAACAAGCAAGGGUAUAUAUUGUACAAAGUGUCACGAAACAAGGAAAUUACUGCGGCUGAAGCGACGAGACGAACGGAACAACAACAAAUCUGCAGCAGAAAAUAAGCUAGUACGUCCUAAUCCUGCAUUCCGAAUCUCAUCCACUACUUCUAUCGUCAAUGCCUAUAUCGAUGAACACACAAAGACACCCAUACUAGAAUCUAACGACAUCACGGAAUUGAAUGAAAUGUUAAUGACUAGAAAUAGCGAAGAAACCAUCCGAAACUCUGUCGAAGUCUCUCCUAGAUCCGAUUAUGAUUCAUCCUCUGACGACACCACACGAGCACUCCGUCAAGAGUUGGCUGAUACGAAAGCACGUCUCUCUGAAGUAGAAAAUAAAUUCGUCAAGAUCAAGACUAUCAGUAGAAGAGCACUGGAUGAAUUUAGAACGGUUAAAGACAGUUAUGCUUCUGAAGUUAGUGCCAGAAGAGACGCUGAACAGCUUAACGUAAGGCUCAAGAGCGAAAUCAACUUUUAUCAGCACGCUUCUGUCUUUAGCGCUCAAAAAUUUGUCGAUUACAGUAAAGAUGAAAUUGAGGAUCUCAAUCAGUCACGCGCAGAUCUAGAACAGAUAUGCCAUGAGCUUCGAGCCGAAAGAAACAGUCUGGUCGAAGAACUCGAACGUCAUUCAGAUAACAUUGAAAAACUUUUUGCCUCUCAAAAGCCUCAAGAUUUACAUUGGGAGCGACUUCAACACGCUUAUCAACAACAGUUGGAUUCUAUGCAUCAGGACAUGAAUUCUGCCAAAGCUGCUUAUGCAAAGUUGAUUAAAGGACGAGAGGAUAUUAUAUCGGACAUGAUCUUGUUAAAUACAAAGAACGCAGAGCUUUCUCAAUUAAAUAAUGAUCUCUCAAGACGUGUCAUGGAAAAGGAACAGGAAGCAAAAGCCGUCUUUGCCGGCAUGAGCUUCCUUACGCCACCCGAAGAUAAACAACCGGAGAAGGUCAGCAGUAGCAGCAGUAGUACAAUUAGUGCCAAUACAGAAAAAAACAACAAUAACAAUCAUCGCAGAAACCUCUCUACUGGAUCCAUUGGGAUCAGUCAUAGCCAUUCCUUGUCAGAUAUCAAGAACGAUGGUACUAGUGUUGCCCCAAAAAUAGCACAGAGGGAUAGUUUUAAUGGUUCUGCCGCACCCAAGCUAUUUAAAUUUAGAAGAAACAGAAGCGGAUCCGGAAAGAAACCAAGUACCGAAAAAAUCAUUUCCAUUCCUUACGAAAGUAAUCAUAAUACAAGAUCUCUUGAGCCGGUCUCAGAAUCUUAUUUGAAAAAGGAGCCGGAAGGUGUGAAGGGAAAGCAUCAUUUUGCUCAAACAAAAUUCUUUAAACCCAUCAAGUGUGAAGCUUGUGGUGAAAAAAUGUGGCGAGUAAGUGAAUUGAAGUGCUCUGAGUGUGGUGUAGUUUGUCACUCAAAAUGUGUGUAUAGCGUUCCCCAAGCCUGUAACAGAAAGUCUAGUUUGGAUUCGAAUAAAUCUGAUCCCGAUAGUGUUCGACACAUGUUUGGAAAUGAUCUGAUCAAGCAAAUACAAGCUGAAAAGAGCAAAAUACCUCUUGUUGUGGAAAAAUGCGUAGAAUCCGUAGAGUCCAGAGGCAUGGACUAUGAGGGUAUCUAUCGUAAAUCAGGUGGUGUGGGACAGAUGCGACAAAUUCAGCAAGCAUUUGAAAAAGGCGAAACACCCAACUUAAUUGAUGAAGAAAAGUGGAAUGAUAUUUGUGCCAUUACCAGUGUAUUGAAGCAAUAUUUCCGUGAGCUACCUAAUCCUCUCUUCACCUAUGAACUUCAUGCUAAAUUCAUUGAUGCUAUGAUGAUAGCAAAUAGUGCUGAUCAAUUACAGACAAUCACCCAGUUAAUACAAACUUUGCCCAUCGAAAACUUUAAUACACUAAAGUAUCUCAUGGAUCAUUUAUUCAGGAUCCAACAAAGAAACAAGGAGAAUCUCAUGACCUCCAAAAACUUGGCCGUGAUUUUCGGUCCUACAUUGUUACGAGACCAAGAUGAGAACCGAGAUUUAUUGGAGAUGAACCAUAAGAUUGGCACGAUUGAAUUUAUUUUGAACCAUAUGGAUACUGUAUUUGUGAUUGAAACCAUCAAACCCGCUAAUGAUCAUCGUCGUAUGCAUUUACCUCCGCUCCAACGAGGAGAGGACUUGAGCUCCAUCUUGGGCAAUUACCAAUUACGCAGCAACACGGAUGAACCUUCACCAGAUGUUGUGGCCGCUGUUCCUCCUAGACAAAAUGCAGGUUACAUUUAAUCUCUUACAAUGUGCAGAACAAAGUUGUAUAUAUUACCACCAGUCAUAUAGGAUAUCUUUCCCCUCCCCCACUCACCUACUCAUUUUGACCCAUGUUUACCGAACUAUGUUAAAUAAAAAUGCCCCUUUAUCAUAAUCGGAUUAUACAUAGG